AUAGAGGGCAAGAAAGACUGUGACUAUGGGAAGUGCUUUCUAAAAUGUAGGGGCUGGCUGCAGUGGGCUGGGGGCGUCCCGCGCCUAAGGCAGGAAGAUGGUGGCCGCAAAGAAGACGAAAAAGUCACUGGAGUCGAUCAACUCUAGGCUCCAACUGGUUAUGAAAAGUGGAAAGUACGUGCUGGGGUACAAGCAGACUCUGAAAAUGAUCCGACACUGCAAAGCGAAACUGGUCAUCCUCGCCAACAACUGCCCAGCCUUGAGGAAAUCUGAAAUAGAGUAUUAUGCCAUGUUGGCCAAAACUGGUGUCCAUCACUACAGUGGCAAUAAUAUUGAAUUGGGCACAGCGUGUGGAAAAUACUACAGAGUAUGCACACUUGCUAUCAUUGAUCCAGGUGAUUCUGAUAUCAUUAGAAGCAUGCCAGAACAGACUGGUGAAAAGUAAAUCAUGCACAAUUUUUCUUUAAUAAAACUGGCCAGAGCUUGUUUUAAAAAUA